AUGAGGAAGAAUGUGGUGGUGGCGGUGAGCACAACUCUUGCGGUGGUAGUAGUAGGAGCAUUGAUCAGAAGGUGGAAGCAGUGGAAAGAGCAACAGUUGAGGAAAACAAACCAAAUUAUUCGAAAAUUCGCUAGUGAAUGCGCCACCCCAGUAACAAAGCUUUGGCAGGUUGCUGAUGAUUUGGUCUCAAGCAUGAAAAUCUCUCUUGUGUCUUCCCAUGAAACCACCACUCUCAACAUGGUCAUUUCCAACGUUACAUCACUCCCACUUGGAGAUGAGGAAGGAUUUUUUUAUGGGGUUAAUUUGCAAGGAAAGCAUUUGUUGAUGUUGUGUGCACGGCUAGGAGGAAAGAAUAAGCCUAUCUCUGCGUUACAAAGAGAAGAGAUUUCCAUCCCUGAUGCUGUGUUGGCUGGUGCUUCUGAGGAAAUAAUUGAUUACGUAGCUACAGAGAUAGCUAAGUUUGUUUCAUCCCAUCCUGAGAUUGACGAUGGUGCACCAGCGAAAAAGAAGAAAUUGGGCUUCACCCUAUCAUAUCCAGUGGAUGAAAUUUUGCCUUUCGCGGCCACAACAUUUCAACGGAAAAGCGCAAACAAUCCAGUUCACAAAGGAAUGGUGAAAGAGCUUAAUAAAGCGUUGACUAAUCAUGGAAUGAAAAUGCAUGUUUCUUCACUGGUUGAUGAAACUAUCGGAGGUUUGGCCGGUGGAAGAUACUAUAACAGAGAGAGCGUGGCAGCAAUUACCCUUGGCAUGAGCACAAAUGCCGCUUAUGUAGAAUCAACAGAAGAAGUUGCUAAUGACCUUACACAAUCUCCCAAUUCAAGCGAGCUGGUAAUUAGCAUGGAGUGGGGAAAGUUCAAUUCUCCUCAUCUUCCUUUAACAACAUUUGAUGCUAGUGUAGAUGCUGAAAGCUCAAAUCCUGGUAGCGAGAUUUUCGAAAAGCUUAUUUCAGGAAUGUAUUUGGGAGAAGUUGUGAGACAUGUCUUGUUGAAGUUGGCCCAAGAAACAGACUUGUUUGGAAGUAGGGUGCCUCCAAAGUUAAUGACUCCAUACUUACUAAGGUCUCCAGAUAUGGCAGCUAUGCAUCAAGAUACGUCCGAGGAUCGUGAAAUAGUGAGUGAGAAACUCUGGGAGAUUUUUGAUAUCGAUAGUUGCAGUCCAAUGGCACGCAAAAUGGUGGCAGAGGUGUGUGACAUAGUGACCGAGCGCGGUGCACGCCUAGCCGGGGCCGGAAUCGUGGGGAUAAUAAAGAAGCUGGGCAGAGUUGAGAAUAGAAAGAGUGUGGUGACUGUGGAAGGAGGGCUUUAUGAGCACUACCGCAUCUUCAGAAACUACCUUCACAGCAGCGUGUGGGAAAUGCUUGGCAAGGAUCUCUCAGACAAUGUCAUCAUUGAACAUUCGCAUGGUGGCUCUGGAACUGGUGCUUUGUUCCUUGCUGCUGCUCACACUCACGCACACCGUGCGGAUUCUUGA